AUGCACAGGGCCGUCCUUAAUUCAUCGCUGCAGUUUGAAACUGUCAGGUUGCUGCCAAGGAGCUGCGGUACUGGUUUUAGCGGCGACAGGGCCGGAGGACGCGGAGGGAGGAGUGCGGGUUUGUGGAGAUCCGAGACGUAUUUGUGCAGAAUGUCAUCAGAUGAGGAGAAAUGCUCACUUCCAGUUAUGCAAAGUGACGCCGACCGAGGCAGUUCUGUCUCUUCAGAUCUUCAGGAAGAGUAUGAAGAACUGCUUCGUUAUGCUAUAGUGACUCCAAAUAUUGAAUCAUGUGUUUCACAGCCAUCUCAUUCUAAAGGAGAAGUGGUGUCAGAUGUUAGAAUUCCUGCUAUAAUGGAAGAUAUUCUUCAAAGUCAAGCAGGAAAUAGCCCUGUAGUAAAAGAAACAAGAAUGGAAGUUGGAAAAGGAUAUGAUUUAAAUAUUUCAAGUCACUCAAAGACAGAUGGGUCAUCACCGGUGUCAUCCCCAAGGAAGCCUUCUCACCCGGUCAUGGAUUUUUUCAGUUCAAAUCUUUUAGGUGAUUCUUCCUCACCAGGGUCUACUUCUGUUCAUGCUGAUGUCCACAGAAUAGUUGUAGGCGAUUUUCCUAUUUCUGAUGAAAGCCUUCAGAAGAUGGAAAAUAUACUUGAUCUUUGGAGUUCAAGUCUUAAGACAAACAUCAUAUCUGAACUAAGUAAAUGGAGACUUAAUUUUAUGGACUGGCACCGAAUGGAAAUGAAAAAAGAGAAAGAAAAACAUGCAGCACAUUUAAAACAACUGUGCAAUCAGAUCAAUAGCUUGAAGGAGCUGCAAAAAGCCUAUGAAGUCUCCAUUGGGAGAAAAGAUGAGGUGAUUUCUAGCUUGUCUCAUGCCAUAGGCAAGCAGAAGGAAAGGAUAGAGUUGAUGAGAACAUUCUUUCACUGGCAAAUCGGUCAUGUCAAAUCCAGACAGGAUAUUUAUGAAGGUAAACUAGCUGACCAGUACUUCCAGAGAACUUUAUUGAAGAAAGUCUGGAAAGGCUGGCGUUCCGUGAUACAAAAGCAAUGGAAAGAUGUGGUAGAACGAGCUUGUCAAGCAAGAGCUGAAGAAGUUUGUGUCCAGAUUUCCAAUGAUUAUGAAUCCAGAGUUUCUGUGUUAUCUGGAGCUUUGGAAAAUGCAAAAGCUGAAAUCCAAAGAAUGCAGCAAGAAAAAGAGCAGUUUGAAGAUUCCAUGAAGAAAGCUUUCAUGAGGGGUGUAUGUGCAUUAAAUCUUGAAGCCAUGACUAUAUUUCAAAACAGAGAUGAUACAGGGGCAGACUUCAUUAAUAACAAAAGGGAAGAGUCUGGUCCUGGGGUUCAAGGAAAAGAGCAUUCUGUUCAUUUGGAUCCUUUGGCCCCUCCGAUGCGCUCGGCGUCGCCACCCACGGCGGUGGCAGGGGGCAGCACAGCUGCCUUCCCCUCCGCGGCUUCCGUCGCUUCUGCAGGGGCCGCUUUCUCUUCCUCUGUUCACCUUCCAGUUGCUGCAGCCCUUGGUGCAGGAGCUGCCGCCACCACUGCGCCCGAAGAAAUGUAUGUGCCCAGAGUUGUGACAUCUGCACAACAGAAAGCUGGAAGAACAAUUACAGCCCGGAUUACAGGCCGAUGUGAUUUUGCUGCAAAAAACAGAAUUAGUAGCAGCUUGGCUAUAAUGGGAGUUUCUCCUCCCAUGAGCUCAGUUGUUGUGGAAAAACAUCAUCCAGUCACAGUGCAAACCAUUCCUCAAGCUGCUGCAGCAAAAUAUCCCCGGACCAUUCAUCCUGAAACUACCUCAGCUUCCAGAUCUCUUGGACCCAGAUCAACUCAUACCCAGCCUCUCACAAGCAUCCAUUCUAUAAAAGUAGUUGACUAAAAUGAGUAUGUUCUUAUCUAGGUCUUUUAAUUCCUCUGGUCUUACCAAGGAUAAGAAGUCUUUAGUUUUUAAAUUUUCAUAUUCUUGAAACAUCAUGGAUAUAUCAUGUUCAUCUUCUCAAAAUUACAAGAGACUUUUUCAAGUCACACCAUCUUUUGUAAACUAUAUAUAGGAUUAUUUUAAUGUUAUUUUUUAUUUAAGCAAUUAAGUAAAACUUUUUAAAUUAAAAAAGAAACUGGA